UGUCACCCUCAGCUCGUUGUUUUCUUUUCUUUUUCUCCUCCCGUUGGACUCGGCCUCCCUAUCGCCGCACCUCCGCCUUCCCGUCCAUGUCACGCUUUGUUCGCUUCUUUUUCCUCCACCCUCCAUCGUUUCUCCCCGUUUCGUCCCCCUUCCAUUCUGUCGUGUCUCGUCCCUCUGCGGCCGGACGACGGUUCUGGCGAAAGAAGGCCAGCAAGUACGGAUCUUUCCUGAAUCCGUAGGCUCUGAACUGGAAUCGGGAGUGUGGCCAAUGGCUGAUUGGGGACAUUAAGGUGGGGGUUGGCCCCAGUGAGCUCCGCGCCGGUCCCUGCUGUUCUUCCAGUCAAAUAUCUGUACCCUUUGAUGCUGAGAUCGAGGAACUAGGGAUACCAAAUUAUCUCCAAGAUCCUCCUUAACCUUUCAAGGCUUCCUGAGGUGAACCAUUUUAGUUUAUUCCGAAGUCUCUUCUCCUUUGAAGGCACACUUGCAUUCUCUACUGAUUCUUUUUGUACUGGCUAUCAGAAUUUAGAUUCAUCAUACCAUGAUAACAGCUUGAUGUGGAUUCGGUCAGUCACCAGUGAUUUCUGCACAGCUUGAAAAAAACAUUUAUAUUUUAAGAGGGCUACAUCUGCAUUUUGUGGUAUUUGAGGCUCUCAAAUGGUUUCCAUGUAUAGUAAAUGGGAAAAUAAACAGCAAAUAUAGCUGUGUAGGUGAUCAAUUGCGGGUCUCUUCAUUGUAAUCUAUGUAAUAUCAUUGAUGAUAUUUCCAUCUGCAAUUGUAUUUUGCUGAAUUAAAGCACAGUGGAGCAUAUCUGACCAUCCUCAAGGUAAACCAGUCGAUUUCUUACUCUAGUUCUAAUGCAACUAGAUUCUUUCGGAUAGUUUGUCCUUGGAAUAUUCAGUUCUCUUGCCACUGGAGAAUAGAGGUUAUUUUUUGCGAUUACUUGUGUGCAUUUUGCAUUCAGGAUGGCAUGCAUAUGAAAUUUUCAAUAUUUCAUUAUUGUGGUGUCCCACAAUCCUGUUUAUGUUGUGAUCUUGUCCUUUAAAGUAAUGUAGAGUACACUACUGAGCCUGGGCCUUUUCUACAUAAUUGAUGGUAUUCAGUUUCAAAGAAAAGAGCACUCUGAACAUUGUACAAGUAGCAACCAAAUUUUGGGAGUGAUUAAUGCUAGACACGUGAUGGCAUUUUCAGUUUUCUCCAAUGCUUACUGUUGGAAUCUACAUUAGAAGAUAAUAAGGAAAUAGAACUGCAAUACUAUUGGUGAGUCAUAAACAUUGAGGAUUGUGGUUGAAUUUAUAACCUAUGAACGUGCUUGACUGUUGAAAAUUCAUGCGCCUUCAUCUCUUCCUCUGAGGUCUGUGCCUACUAUUGAAAUGCACAUUAAAAAAUUGGCAAGGAAGCUGAAAUUGCUAUAAAUCAGUGGAUGAAAAUUUUGGGGCCACAGUGAAUUUCAAGCCUGUGAACGUGCUUGAUUCUUCCACCUUCACCUCUUGCUCAGUGAGUGUCAAUGUGCCUUGCAUCGUACCUUCAGCAAAGACAACCUGAUGCCUGUUUUGCUGGAUGUGCUUAUGUUCCCAAUCUAUGAACGUUUUUGGAUUCUUUUGUAUUAUUGAAGGAGUGGGGCGCAAACAUUGGACAUAGUUUGGUGUCUGGUGGGUGUUUGGAAGGGGAUAGGGACUAUGUAACAGAGGAGAGGGAAAUCUGUGAGAUAUAUAGAACUUACAUUCUAUGGGUCAACAGCUGCAUAAGAAAUCUACAAUGUGAUAUACAGACCAUCGAUGGCCUUUAAAUAUGAACUCAUAUGUGCAUGUUUCCUCUAAAUAUGAAUCUCAAUGGACUUGUUUUCAGUACAGGAAGAAGGCUCUUGACCCUCCAGAUUAUAAACAUGGGUUGGUUGAGUAAAAUAUUUAAAGGUUCAGUAAAUAGAGUUUCAAGAGGACAUUACAACGGGAACUCCCAUGAAGGCUAUUCCACCCAGCGCACUAAAUCAUAUGGUGCACAUGGAAAUGAGGACGAAGACAUGGAUCAUGCUAUUGCAUUAUCCUUAUCAGAGGAAGACCAAAGGAAGGGAAAGGCCAUUGAUACGGAGCACCACUUAGAUGAAGAUGAACAACUUGCAUGGGCUCUGCAAGAAAACGCUGGUCGCACUCUAGAUGAAGACGAACAGCUUGCACGGGCUUUGCAAGAAAGUAUGAACGAUGGACCUCCUCGUCGGAAUAUUCCAAUUGAAGAUGUUCACUCAGAAAGUGCUCCAGCAAGUAGCUUGCCCCCAAAUGUUUUCCCCACUAGUGGAUUGAGGGUUUGUGCUGGAUGCAAAACUCCAAUUGGUCAUGGACGGUUUCUCAGUUGUAUGGACUCUGUUUGGCACCCCCAGUGCUUCAGGUGUCAUGCUUGCGAUAGACCAAUAUCAGAGUAUGAGUUUGCUGUUCAUGAAGACCAUGCAUACCACAGGUCCUGCUACAAGGAGCGUUUCCAUCCUAAAUGUGAUGUUUGCAAUAGCUUUAUUCCCACAAAUAAAAAUGGCCUCAUUGAGUACCGGGCCCAUCCUUUCUGGAUGCAGAAGUAUUGCCCUUCCCAUGAAAAUGAUGGUACACCUAGGUGCUGCAGUUGUGAGCGAAUGGAGCCAAAGCAUAGUCAAUAUAUAACAUUAGAUGAUGGCCGAAGACUCUGCUUGGAGUGUCUGCAUACUGCAAUUAUGGACACCAAUGAGUGCCAGCCACUAUACAUUGAUAUUCAAGAAUUCUACGAGGGUAUGAACAUGAAAGUAGAACAACAAGUUCCCUUGCUUUUGGUUGAGCGUCAAGCUUUAAAUGAAGCUAUGGAAGCAGAGAAAAUGGGACACCACCUUCCUGAAACCAGAGGUCUCUGCCUAUCUGAAGAACAGAUUGUCAGAACUAUAUUAAAAAGACCAAUAAUUGGACCAGGCAACAAAAUCAUAGAUAUGAUCACAGGACCUUACAAACUCGUUCGGCUGUGUGAAGUGACUGCAAUUCUUAUACUGUACGGGUUGCCAAGGCUGCUAACUGGCUCAAUUCUAGCUCAUGAGAUGAUGCAUGCCUACCUCCGACUUAAAGGAUACCGAACCCUGAGUCCAGAGGUUGAAGAAGGCAUCUGUCAGGUUCUAGCUCAUCUGUGGCUUGAGUCAGAAAUCACAUCAGGUUCUGCUAGCAUGGCAACCACUUCAGCAGGGUCAUCAUCCUCUUCAACAUCCUCGUCAAAAAAAGGUGCAAAGACAGAAUUUGAAAAGAGACUUGGCGAGUUUUUCAAGCACCAGAUUGAGACAGAUUCUUCCGGGGCCUACGGAGAUGGGUUUCGAGCAGGCAUGCGAGCCGUUGAGCGGUAUGGCUUGAGAAGUACCCUUGAUCAUAUCAAGCUGACGGGGUCUUUUCCGUACUGAAGCUGGACGUUCCUUCAAACAUGGGGUAUAGAUUUUUGAGAACUCUUGGUUCCAGUUACACACACCAAAGGGUAUAUAUCGUCUACAGCACACAAAGUAUAGGCAAGAAAAGAAAUAAGGAUUUAGUUAUACGGUCCAUUGUAGAAAAACUAUUGUUUUCCUUUUAGACAAUUAUAAUUGCACAGUUCACACAUGAAUUUAAGUGGUCUUUAGCUUGACCAGCAUGUAGAAUGCUAUCACUUAAUGCAAAAGAAAGUCGAACAUAUACGCUUUC